CCUUGACGAAAUAGAAAACAUCAUAUCAGACCUAAUAUUUUAAAAGAAAAUGGUUACAUAUGUUGUGUUUUGCUUAUGUUUUGGACUCUCGGGGGCGUUUUUGUUUGACACUAGUACGAUUACUCCGGGCGGAGGAAGCGCAGGAAUAACAGAUAAACAUUACUAUGACUUACUGGAUUUAAUCAUGGAAGAAAGAAGAUCACGCCGGCAGCUGGAGCAGUAUGUGGGUGGUCCUUUACAAGGUGAACUAAAACAUCUGCAAAACGAGACCCUUUUAUUGAAGACGAAUUAUCAAAAGUUGGUAUCUGAUAAUGGGAACCUUAAAAAUAAAUUAUCCCGUUUGGAAAAUGAGACCGGCUCAAAGGUUGAACUUCUUCAAUUUGAACAGAAAUUAAACGAUACUAGAGACGCUGCCGAGAGACAAAUUCAACAAGUAAAGACGUAUGUUGAAAACAUUUCACAGAACUAUAGUUCAAUUAUUAACGGACUUUCUUCAAAUGUGGAAAAUAUGACGCAACAUCUGGAUAACGACAGAGAAAUGGUUGGUUUACAAGCAUGCGGUGGAUUUAUGGUUAAGCACUACAUUGUGGAUAGUUAUUAUGACGAGAAGAUGAAAUUCUCCAAUGUAAUAAACUCGUACGGCUUCCAGAAUACAUCAUCCUUACAAAACGAUGGUAAAUUCAUUUGUGAAAAACCUGGGCUGUAUCUAUUUAUAGUAACAUUGAUGUCGAAAGAUUCAAAUUCUCGUUUUAAUAUCGUUUUGCAUGAUGCUGCGGGUAAAUUUCACUUUCUAGCAAGUGUUCAGAUUGCUCCGGUGUAUAAAUAUAGUUCGACCAUAGAUAUGUACCACAGUGGAACAGGGUCUGCUGUGGUACAGCUGAACGCCAACGAUACAAUGUACAUAGAACCAAAAGAUAUUAGACAUACUUACACGAAUAUGAACUGCAUAUCUGUUAUGAAGCUAAAAUAACUCAUUUAUUAUACAGUAUCGUGAAGACUUAUGGAACUCAAUAUUUUCUCUCAAAUUGACUGAAAGGACGCCAUUAUUAUCAUUUUUUUUUAUAUUAUUAUAAGGCCGCUUGUAAAGUUUUUGUUCUUUAUGAAAAUAAGGAGAUUAAAUGUUGCCACUGUUUUUUGUUACGAGUAAAUUGAAUGAAUCUUCUACUAAUAUUUAGAAAUAGGUGCGGAUUCAGUCGGGGCGCAAUGUCUAAACACUUAAUCCUGG